AUGCGCAUCUUCCUCCUCCCGCUCUCCACGCGGCGCACCUUCCUCUACGCCCAGCGCCUGCACGCGACGUCGCCGUCAUCGCCGCCCAACAAGACGUCGCUGCUCGACCGCGGCGCCGCCCUGGCCGCGCGCAAAUGGGCCGAGUGGGAGAAGAAGCCGUCCGGCUGGCAGAGGAGGACAGUCGACUACGGCAACCACGCGUUCCGGCGGAUCCCCUACGAGGAAUGGGGCCUCAAGAGCGUGCCGCCGCUCUCGACGCGCCGCCAGCAGGACGAGGUGCAGGGCGGCGAGACGGUCCAGCUAGUCUUCCCGGGGAGCGUCCUGCGCGAGGAGCACGUGCUCGAGGCCGCGGCCCGGCUGGCCGGCGAGAGGGACGGCCUGCACCGCCGCCGCCUCGCCUGGUGCCUCGUCGGGAUGCCCAUGACGCUGCCGUUUGCCCUGGUGCCCAUAGUACCCAACCUGCCCUUCUUCUACCUCGCGUACCGCGCCUGGUCGCACUGGCGCGCCGUCGCCGGCGGCAGACACGUCCGGUGGCUCGUCGAGCAGAAGCUGCUGACGCCCACGCCGUCGCCUACCCUCGACGGGCUCUACCGCCGGGCGCCUAAACCUGUGGCGCCGACCGCGCCGGGCGACACGGCCGGGGAGCGCAUGCUGUUGACGCGGGAGCAAGUCCGCUCGUUCUCGGAGACGCUGGACAUUCCCGCGCUGGAGAUUGAGCUGGAGAGGGCGAUAUGGCAGGUCGAGCGGGCGCUUCUCCACGCCGACGGGCGAGACGAGACGCAGAAGCACCUCCACGGCGCACCCGCAAAUGACAAUGUCGAGAGGCGAGAUUCAAAAGAGAAGAAGCAAUGA